AUGAUAAAUAUGAGCAUAUCUAGAUUCAACUUGUAUGGUAAAUCUGUUGGUGGAGAUGGGAUUCUAUGCGAGUUCUUCAAAAUAUGGGCUGCACUGCUCUUAUAUCGGGAUGUUAGGAGAUUUUGUUGGCAUUAUGUUUGCCAACUAACUUUUUUGCAUGCAGGUCAAGAGGCUCCAGCUAAGGCUGAACCAAAAUUCAACCCAUUUACUGGAGCAGGGAGACGCUUGGAUGGGAAACCUCUGAAUUAUCAGCCCCCUCCAGUUUCCUCCUCAGGGUCCAAAGGCAAGCAACCUGAUGUUUCCAAUGGUGGUCGCCAGCCUUCUGCGGGGUCUAGUUCACAAAGUGCUACUAGUCAAUCUAAGGGAAAGCUUGUGUUUGGCUCGAAUGCAAACCGAUCUCAGGGGACACAAAAGGAAGCUGCAAAAGAGACUAAACAAGAGCAGCCGCAAAAGAAGGAAGAGCCAAAGUUCCAGCCAUUUUCAGGGAAAAAAUACUCAUUAAAGGGUUGA